AUGGCUUCUUCUCUACCUCAAUACUAUACCAUUCUCAACGUCUCACCAAGGGCUACAGCAGAUGAAAUCCGUCAAGCGUAUAAAAAGGAAUCGUUGAAGACUCAUCCCGAUAGGCUACCUGCAAAUGCUACUCCUCAAGAGAGAAGAAAAGCUACUGAGAGAUUCCAAAUUGUCUCUGAUGCGUACUACGUUUUAUCUGACCCUUCUCGACGAGCGGAGUACGACGCUUUAUGCAACUCUCGGCCCAGCUCAGCAUUUACGGAUGAUGCAUCAUCAGAGUUUGAACAAGAACAAGCAAGUGGAAACUUCUUCGAAAACUUUUCUCAAUUCUUCCAAAAUGCUACUGGAACAGGCACAGGUACUUCGUCAAGCGAGAAACCAAGUCCAAGUGGAAGAGCAAACGCUGGACCUGGUGCAGGAGCUGGUAUGGGUGGAAGACCUGAUGCUCACGGUGUGUUCGGUGAUGUGUUCGAGGAGAUGCUCGCCCCUGAAGUAGCUCACGUAAGACCUUGGUGGUCAUGGGUCGGUGGAGCUUCAGGUGCUGCUAUAGGUUAUAUAGUAGCAAAUGUUCCUGGUGCAGUAGCAGGAGGCUUUGCUGGAAACAGAUUAGGUGCGGUUCGGGAUGCUAAAGGACGAGCAGUGGGAGAAGUGUUUAGGGAAUUGGGAGCUGGACAAAAGGCAGAGAUACUGAAAGCGCUAGCAUUCAAAGUAUUGGGAAGUAUGAGUUAG